GAACAUCUCUACUAUGUAUUUCAUCCAGGCCAGGUCAGACCUUUGUGUUCUGCGGUGGAUGGUGAGGAUUCUAAGAUAAAUAGACUGAGUACCUACCCUUGGGAAACUUAACAGUUCGGUGCAAAUAAAUGGAUGAAAAGAGGCUGCUGGAUCCAGGGUUGAAAGUUCAUAAAGGCCUCUGGGAUUAUACUCUGAAGAACCAGCAGAUGGAAUGCCUGAGUGACUGAAGAAAAUGGGUGCUAAUGCAUCUAACUAUCCUCAUUCAUGUUCCCCAAGGGUAGGGGGAAAUUCUCAAGCCCAACAGACUUUUAUAGGGACAUCAUCCUAUUCUCAGCAAGGCUAUGGUUGUGAAUCAAAAUUAUAUAGCCUUGACCAUGGCCAUGAGAAACCACAAGACAAAAAAAAGAGAACCUCUGGCCUUGCCACCCUCAAAAAGAAGUUUAUAAAGCGUCGAAAAUCUAAUAGGUCUGCUGAUCACGCCAAGCAGAUGCGAGAACUCCUCUCUGGGUGGGAUGUUAGAGAUGUCAAUGCAUUAGUGGAGGAAUAUGAGGGAACUUCAGCCUUAAAGGAGCUUUCUCUGCAAGCCAGUUUGGCUAGACCAGAAGCCCGGACAUUGCAGAAAGAUAUGGCCGAUCUUUAUGAGUAUAAGUAUUGUACUGAUGUGGAUUUAAUAUUUCAAGAAACUUGUUUUCCUGUUCAUCGUGCCAUUUUGGCAGCAAGGUGUCCAUUUUUUAAAACACUGCUUUCUUCCUCACCUGAGUAUGGGGCAGAGAUCAUAAUGGACAUCAAUACAGCUGGUAUAGAUAUGCCUAUGUUUUCUGCUUUGUUACACUACCUUUAUACUGGAGAGUUUGGAAUGGAGGACUCAAGGUUUCAAAAUGUCGAUAUCCUGGUUCAGCUUAGUGAAGAAUUUGGAACACCAAAUUCCCUUGAUGUAGAUAUGCGUGGACUUUUUGAUUACAUGUGUUAUUAUGAUGUCGUCCUUAGUUUUUCUUCAGACUCUGAACUGGUUGAAGCUUUUGGUGGAAAUCAAAACUGUUUAGAUGAAGAGCUCAAAGCUCACAAGGCUGUUAUUUCAGCACGGUCCCCAUUUUUUCGAAAUUUAUUACAAAGGAGGAUACGGACUGGUGAAGAAAUUACAGACCGAACUUUGAGGACUCCCACAAGAAUUAUAUUAGAUGAGUCCAUUAUACCAAAAAAAUAUGCAAAAGUUAUAUUACACUGUAUGUAUACCGACGUGGUGGACCUCUCCGUUUUGCACUGUAGCCCCUCUGUGGGGAGUCUCAGUGAAGUUCAGGCUCUCGUCGCAGGGAAACCAAACAUGACCAGGGCAGAAGAAGCCAUGGAACUUUACCACAUAGCACUGUUCUUGGAAUUUAACAUGCUUGCACAAGGCUGUGAGGAUAUCAUUGCUGAGAGCAUAUCAUUAGAUACCUUAAUUGCCAUCCUCAAGUGGAGCUCUCAUCCAUAUGGCUCUAAGUGGGUGCACCGACAAGCUUUACAUUUCCUCUGUGAGGAAUUUUCCCAGGUCAUGACUUCGGAUGUUUUUUAUGAGCUCAGCAAAGACCAUCUGCUUACUGCUAUCCAGUCUGACUACCUGCAGGCUAGUGAACAAGAUAUCCUUAAAUAUCUGAUUAAAUGGGGCGAGCACCAGCUGAUGAAAAGAAUAGCAGACAGAGAGCCAAACUUACUGAGUGGCACUGCUCAUAGUGUGAACAAAAGGGGUGUAAAAAGACGAGACCUGGAUGUUGAAGAGCUUCGAGAGAUCCUUUCUUCUAUCUUACCUUUUGUGAGAAUUGAACACAUCUUACCUAUAAACAGUGAAGUCCUAAGUGACGCAAUGAAAAGAGGCUUGAUUAGUACUCCUCCAUCAGAUAUACUUCCUACAUCAGAAGGUGGGAAGUCAAAUGCCUGGUUACGGCAAAAAAAUGCUGGAAUAUAUGUUCGCCCUCGACUAUUCUCACCCUAUGUGGAGGAAGCAAAGUCAGUGCUAGAUGAGAUGAUGGUGGAACAAACAGAUCUUGUGCGUUUGCGAAUGGUUAGAAUGUCCAAUGUUCCGGACACACUUUACAUGGUCAAUAAUGCGGUACCACAGUGCUGUCACAUGAUCAGCCACCAGCAGAUCAGCAGUAACCAGUCGAGCCCUCCCUCCGUGGUAGCCAAUGAAAUUCCAGUUCCUCGUCUCCUCAUUUUGAAGGACAUGGUCAGACGUCUGCAGGAGCUCCGACACACUGAGCAGGUGCAGAGAGCCUAUGCGCUGAACUGUGGGGAAGGCGCCACGGUCAGCUAUGAAAUCCAGAUCCGUGUGCUGAGAGAGUUUGGUCUUGCCGAUGCUGCUGCAGAGCUCUUGCAGAAUCCUCACAAGUUCUUUCCUGAUGAACGUUUUGGGGAUGAAAGUCCGCUCUUGACAAUGAGACAGUCUGGGAGAUGUCGUGUUAACAGCACCCCCACUGCAGAAACCAUGUUUACAGAUCUAGACUCUUUUGUGGCCUUCCAUCCACCCUUGCCCCCUCCACCACCUCCGUACCACCCCCCAGCUACUCCCAUCCAUAACCAACUCAAAGCAGGCUGGAAGCAAAGACCUCCCAGUCAGCAUCCUUCACGUUCAUUUUCUUAUCCCUGUAAUCAUUCACUGUUUCACUCCAGAACGGCUCCGAAAGCCGGCCCCCCUCCAGUCUAUCUGCCAGGUGUUAAAGCUGCAGCACCGGACUGCACCAACACUGCAGGACCGGGGAGGCAGACAGUGGCCGCCGCUGCCACCUCAGCAGCAGUACCGUCAGAGAAACAAAUGUGUACACAACCUGUGUUAAAUGAUCUAAUGCCAGACAUCGCCAUGGGUGUGUCCACACUGUCACUCAAGGACAGGAGGCUUCCAGAACUUGCUGUAGACACAGAAUUAAGCCAGUCAGUUUCUGAAGUAGGCCCAGGGCCUCCCCAGCAUCUAUCGUGUGUCCCACAGAGGCUUACACACACGUCUCGAAAGAAACACACACUAGAGCAAAAAACGGACGCUCGAGAAAAUCAGCAGGAGUAUCCGGAUUUCUAUGACUUCUCAAAUGCUGCUUGCAGACCUUCCACUCCCGCUCCUGGCAGACGCACCCCUUCUCCUUCACAAGGUGGAUAUUUUGGUCCUGAUUUGUAUAGCCACAAUAAGGCAUCACCAAGUGGCUUAAAGUCAGCCUACCUACCUGGCCAGACCUCUCCUAAAAAGCAGGAAGAAGCUAGGAGAGAAUAUCCACUUUCCCCUGACGGGCAUCUACACAAACAAAAGAAUGAGCCGAUACACCUCGAUGUUGUUGAGCAACCUUCCCAGCGGUCAGACUUUCCUCUGGCGAGCCCAGAAAAUGCUGGCAGCGGUCCAGCACAUGUCAGGGGACGGACAGCAGUAGAAACUGACUUGACUUUUGGGCUGACUCCCAACAGACCUUCACAUUCUGCAUGUAGUUCUGAAGCUCCAGAGGAGAGAUCAAGUAGAAGACUAGCAGACAGUGAGUCCCUGGGCCACGGAGCUCAGCGGAGUACAGAUUUGGAAAGGGAGGAUUCAGUAAGCAGAGGAAGGAGGUCACCAAGCAAACCAGACUUCCUCUACAAAAAGUCUGCCCUCUGAGAGCAACCUCCAAGUCGUCUGUGCCUGAGAUGUGAGACAUCCCAUUUUACUAUGUAACCCAGCAACUUAGAGACCAGUUUAUUGAUGCCAGCUAAUAGCUCUGUUUCGAGUUCUUUUAUUCCAGUUUUUGUAACAUGUGUUUAGUAGACAUGGCAUGCUAAGAGGGUUGUUUUGAAUGCUGCAUCUGUCUGUCUCGUAUUUGAGCAAUUGUGUGGGGAAGCAUUUUUCAGAGCAAGCAAGCUGGCACUUUUUUUUCUCUUUACAGAUGAUGGAAUUUUUUG